AUGUCGUCGAAGGUGAUCGUCGGGAGGACGGAGUGUCAAAAUCUGGACGAGGCUAGCUUUCGGGAGCGAUUCAAGAAUGCAUUCGAACUCGACGAGGCCCUUACCCCAGAAAUUUACUAUCAAAUUCUUCUUGAUGUUGAAUUUAAUGAGCGGAAAGCUCUUUGGAGGGUGGUGAGCCGUAUAAGAAAGCCAGACCAGUUUCUUAUUCCCAACUUUUUGCACCGUCCAGUCUCGCCCUCGCCAAUACGAGAUGCAUUUGCAACAAUCCCCCAAUUCGGGCAUGCACCCUCAAUUGGGCGUAUCGACAUGUUGGGAUCAGGGAAGAAGAGAUCGGCUCCUCACCAUCAUGCUAUCGAGCAUUCGGAUGACGAGCGUCCAUUGUCAAAUGGCUCAGAAGCGAGCAGUGUGGAUCGACCAAUAUUAUCUCCGUCUAAGACGAGCCCACGCGCGGCUCCAAACGUUACUAAAAGUAGCUCCUUUGGGGGUAGUUUAGUGGUCAUUGAUGAUGAUGAUGAGGACGAGGAUGUUCAACCUAUCAAAAAGCGUCGUGCUCAUAUACUUCCGGUUCGGAGUACUACACUCUUGCACUCAUCAAGGUCUGCGAAGAAGCAAAGAAAUCGGACUGGUCCCAAAAUAGUCGCCCAACUCAAGUCAGCCAAACAUUCUCAAAGCACGUCGACGUUGGGAAGUUCUGGGGAGGAAAGUGACUUGUUUUUGCCGACUUUGACAAAACGCAAGAGUCAAAGCUCUGAAGGCAGAAUCGCAGAGACUCUUGGCGUCAGUCUCUCGAAUACAAUCGAGUCUGAUAGCGAAGAUUAUGCAGCAACUUCAGAUACUUCCGAUGGUCAACCUGGCCCUAAACAUAAGAAGAAACUUUCGCUACAAAGUCCAACGAGACGAGGCAAUCAAAAUGAGAUGGUCUUAAAACAUAGGAUUAAGACUAUGGCGACUCCUUGGUUGCAUAUGCUGGCCCGUCCGUUCUUCCCAACAACUCUAGAUGAAGCCCCGGCAGGAGGUUUGCAACCCAUAGAAAUAGAGGAUAGGAACGAUCUUGAUCUGAACAGAUAUUUGGAAGGCAUUAGAGUCAAAGUGUGGGAUCACGAGCCCGCCAAAAUUGAUUUCAAAGGCUCGAGUAUUUGGCAAAACGAGAAUGGCAGACAUGGCUAUGCUGCCGUGGAUAUUGACGGUGUUACAUAUGAAACUGGAGACUGUGUUAUCGUGCGAUCAACUAAGCCCCACAGCUCGAAGAAGAGUAGCAAAAAGAACGAAGCAAGUGAUGGCGAUGAGUUGCUCAACCCAUGGUAUGCUAGAAUCAUAUAUCUCUUUGAAGAUGAGGACGGAGAGAAGAUGGCUCACUUCCGGUGGUUCCAUCAUGGAGCGGAGACAGCCCUCGGGGAGAUGGCCAGUCCCCGUGAACUUUUCCUCCUCACGCAAUGCGAUGAUGCCCUUCUAGACUGCAUUUACUGCAAGAUCAAAGUUACUAACAAAAGAGCCGAUGUCUUAGCUAUCCAGAAUGGCACCGGUAUCGUGGAAUUGGAUCUUGCCGACAAAGAAGAAUUCUUCUAUCGCUUCCAUUACCAUGAAGAGAACAAGGAAUUCACAGAUGUUUCGAUUCACGAAGAUAUCGACACUCAUAUUCGGCACAACGGACCACACUGUGACUGUUGUGAUAGACUCGAAGAGAUUUCUCGCAACCAGCAGACACGAAUCAUAGGAGGAACCCCAGACAAUGGUUCUCAUGAUAAAUUCGAUGCAUUUCACAGGCAAGGCGUCGACUACUACCUGAACGACUUCGUUUAUAUCUUUGACGAUAGUUUCUCCCCAUACAGGAUCGGACAAAUCGAGCGAAUUUAUCUCGCACGUCAGUCUCGACAUCCGAUCACAUCGAAGCCAAGAGUCACUGACCAGAAUCUUAUGGUUAAAGUAGCUCUCUACGAAAGAUAUGACAAGCUUCAUGUGAAAUACUACGAUGAACUCAUAAAGGGCAGAGCGCACAAGGUCCGAGACGAACGUCGGCUCUACAAAUCGCAUCUUACUGCGAAAAUUCUGGUUGAUCAAGUUGAUGGCAAGUGUUACGUUCGCCACAGAAAGGAUAUUGAGAACAUGGAACAAUGGAAAGAUGAAAAUGAUAGAUGGUGGGUGAAUGGGCAAGUAUCUAAUGAUGUUCAUCCCGGAGGAGUAAUCAGGCAGCCAGACUUGUCACCUCUUCCAUCCCUCAACUACGCAAAGCAGACUGAAAGAUACUUGACAGAUCAAGCAAACCGCAGGGAUAACUUCUUGAGAAACUUCGAAAAGCUUCGAGGGUUGGACGUGUUUGCGGGCUGUGGUGGAUUGAGUAAUGGCAUUCAUCAAAGUGGGGUUGCUAAGACUUGCUGGGCUGUAGAGUUCAGCGAAGCAGGCUGCGUUACCCUGUCCAAGAAUGCUCCAGACGCCAAGAUCUACAACCUCGAUGCCAAUGUUUUUCUAGACCGUGCUAUCCGGUUAGAAAAUGGCGAGGAGCUUUCACCAUUGCGGGAUUGUCACGGGAACGUCAUCCCUGAUCCUCCGCGGAAAGGGGAAGUCGAAUUUAUCUGGGGCGGACCUCCUUGCCCAGGGUUUUCCAUUGCAAACAGAUGUCCGAAAGCUGAAGAUAUUCGCAAUAGCUUGAUUGUUUUGUUCCUCUCUUUGCUUGAUUUCUAUCGUCCAAAGUACUUCCUUCUUGAGAACGUUGAAGCCAUUCUUACCUACCGUCUUGGUGCUAGUCAGGUAUCGCAGCACAAAACCGAGGGUGGUAUCCUCCAAGGCAUGCUCAAAUUUAUCCUCCGAGCCAUGACUGGCCUUGGCUAUCAAGCACAGUUUAAUGUUCACCAGUCCGCAGAAUAUCAUACGCCUCAGUCUCGCACAAGAGCAAUCUUCUGGGCUUCGCAAAUGGGACAUCGGCUACCAGCUUUCCCAGAACCUCAGAACAUUGUUCAGCCUGGUCAGUGGCGUUCAAAUUGGCACCGUUUAAGACGCGCUGCCCCCCAUCCCACAGUGACGAUUGGCGAUGCUUUGAGCGAUCUUCCAGCUUUCGACUGGGUGAAUCCACACCGAGUCGUCAAACAAACUAGGGAGCAGCGCUUAGAACGCGAGGACCGUCGGCGUAGGAUCACACAGUACAACUGUGAGGAGUACACAACAUUUGUCGGUCGAGACCAUCAAUCGUAUGCCUCUCAACCCAUCUCGGAGUAUCAACGCAAGUUGAGAGACGGUGUUCAAAUGGACGAACUCUUCAAUCAUGUUACUCUUCGUUGGGACGAACGAAAGUCGAUGGUAAUCGAGCAGGUCUGCAACGUACCGCUUCGUCCUGAUGCAGAUCAUCAAGACCUACCCACAGAACUAAAGCCUUGGGGUCUGAGCUCUCCACAUUCUGCUGCGUCGCGCCAUGGGUUUUAUCCUGGCCGUAUUGGUCGCCUCGACAUGGAGGGCAUCUCCGGGACAUGUAUGACAAGAAUGGAGCCAAACGGAAAGAAUGGAAAGGUCCUUCAUCCCACCCAGUAUCGGGUAAUUACUUUCAGAGAGUACGCCCGGAUCAUGAGCUUUCCAGACUCAUUCAUCUUCGAUUUUUCUACAAUGAGAGCAAUAGAUGUAGCGCGACAACUUGGCAAUUCUGUGCCUCCUAACCUCGCUUGUGCGGUUGCUCGACAGCUUUUGGAUGUCCUGAUGGAGAGAUAUCAACAAGGAUCUCGAGGUCUUCGGAUUGCGGAGAUUCGUCCCUCAAUGCAUCAGGCCUUCAGCCCGAUCAACGAGAAUACAACACCAUACAGCAUGGCACUGGGAAGUAACGGUAACCCUAUUACUUUCGACUGAUAAUGAGAGGAUUGGACAUUGGUUGAGAGUGGAAAUGGCUGAGUGGAACUGGCUGUUCUGUAUUUCACAAGAUUUUCCUUUCUUUUGCCCAGGAGAAUUGGGGAAAAUGGGUGGGGAUUUGAGCUGGCGCUGGCGUUGAUUUGCGGUGCAGGUCUUAGAGGUGCUUUCGAUAGAGCGGUGCAGGAGAGACUAGAGGACCCCAAAAAGGGGUUGAGGUGGUGUGACCAGAUUGGAAUAAAAAUCAAGCAAAAAUCCUAGCCGUUCUUUUUCUUGGAG